CAUCCUUCCCACCCUAACCCUCCCUCGCCUCUCAACGCCCCCAAAUACGCCAUCGCUUCUAUUCUCCCCUCGGCCCACCUCUCACCCAAAAAUAAUUUUUAUCAGAUCGUGGACUAAUCCCCGUGUGGUUUCUGGAGCGAGGCAGAUGAUCAGAUAAAGAUUGAUGUAUCUGCUGCUUGACGAGAACACCAUACCGACAAGAUGAAAGCAAGAACAGCUGGGUUGGUUGCGUUGGCUGCUGCUGCUGCUGCGAUUGCGGAGAAUGUUGUCGAGUUGGAGUGGAAUAUCACUUAUACCACCGCGAACCCGGAUGGGAUGUUCGAGAGACAAGUCAUCGGCGUCAAUGGUGCAUGGCCACCACCAGCAGUCAACCUAACCGAAGGCGACCGAGUCAUCAUCAAAACCAACAACCACCUCACCGAAGGCACCUCCCUCCACGCCCACGGCAUGUUCCAAAACACCACAACCUACAUGGACGGCCCCGUCGGCGUAACCCAAUGCGCAAUCCCCCCCAACGGCUCCUUUACCUACAACUUCACCGUCGACCAAGUAGGCACAUACUGGAUCCACUCUCACGCAAAGGGUCAAUACCCUGAUGGAUUGCGUAGUCCCUUUGUCAUACAUGCGAAGAAUGAGACGCAUGGGGCGAGUUAUGACGAGGAUGUUACGGUACCGUUGAGUGAUUGGUACCAUACCCGAAUCAUGGAUUUGAAUGAGCGGUUUAUGUCACUAGCCAACCCCUCCGGCGCCGAACCCGUCCCAAAGUCAGCACUCAUGUUCGAUACACAAAACGCCACCCUCUCAUUCGAGGCCGGCAAAACCUAUCGGCUCCGCUUCGUCAACAUGGCCGCAUUCGCCGCAUUCCACGUCUGGAUCGAGGGACAUACGAUGCGCGUGAUCGAAGUCGAUGGGGUGGAUACGGAGGAGUACGAGACGGAUGGGAUUUCGCUGACUGCGGCUCAACGCGUCUCGGUACUCGUUACGGCGCGGAAUGAUACGAGUGGGGCGUUCCCUAUCGUCGGUGCGAUGGAUACGGAUAUGUUCGAUACCGUACCCGGGGAUCUCAACCCCAACGUCACUUCCUACAUCAUCUACGACUCCGCUUCUUCGUUGGAUCUUCCCACCCCAGCAACCGUCGACGCAUUCCCCCCCUUCGACGAUACACAACUCGUCCCUUCUGUUCCUAUCCAACCAUACAGCGGCGACCACAACAUCACCCUCGACGUCCUCUUCGACGUCCUCGGCGACGGCUCAAACUACGCCAUGUUCAACACCCAAACCUACCUCACCCCCGAUACACCCCCCCUCUUCACAGCCAUGUCAACAGGCGUGAACGCAACUGACCCCGUGCUGUAUGGCUCCGCGACGAAUAGUUUUGUUGUACCGCAUUUGGUUGGGGUGGAGAUGGUUAUUAAUAAUUAUGAUCCGGGGAAACAUCCUUUUCACCUCCAUGGGCAUACUUUUCAAGUCCUCGGACGGUCGGUUGAGGAUGCGGGACCCUACGACCCCUCCAACGUCACUUUCGACAUUCCGGCGAACCCGAUGAGGAGAGACGUGGUCCAGGUCCCGCCGAAUGGGCAUGUCCUACUUCGAUUUUUUAGCGAUAACCCCGGUGUCUGGUUAUUCCACUGUCACAUCGAAUGGCAUAUUUUGUCAGGCCUAAUCGCACAAAUCAUCGAAGCACCCCUCGUCAUGCAAGAACGCGUCUCCAUCCCCUCAUUCAUCUCGGACGAAUGCGCAGCGCAAUCAAUCCCAACAUCCGGAAACGCACUCGGCAACACCGGUGCGCUUCUAUACGACUUCCACGGCUAUAACGCCGGCCCAGGGUUUUUGCCGACGGGGUUUACGGCGAAGGGGUAUGUUGGGAUGGUUAUGUCUGUACUAUCUGCUUUCUUGGGGAUGGGUGUGAUUUGUUGGUAUGGGAUUACGGAAGGUGAAAAUUGA